AUGCCGACAGCAACUAAUGGUACACGUAUUGAAACACCUAUAAAAAAUCAAUCAUAUCAACAAGAUAAUAAUGAUGAUGAAUAUCGUCGUGAACUUGAACGACCAGCUGAUGUUAUUGAAGAUAUGCGUCAAAUGGGACAACGACAACGUGUUAAAACAAUAUUAAAUUCUAAAGAAUUUCGUGAUGAACUUGAAGAAAUUAUAAAUGAUGCAUUAAAACAUGGACCACAUCCAGCAUCAUUAAUUGCUUUACAACAAAUAUCAGAAUUAUUAUUACCACAUACAUCACGUUGGACAACUGUAUCAUCAUUAUCACGUGCUGGUGGUUCAGUUAUUGUACCAAUUAAUGAUAUACGUGGUGUUGAUUCACAAGGUUAUUCAAAAAGUGAACGUUUACUUCGAUGUAAAUUAGCAUCACUUUAUCGUCUUGUGGAUUUAUUUGGAUGGUCACAAGGCAUUUAUAAUCAUAUUACGGCUCGUGUUAAUCAAGAACUUGAACAUUUUUUAAUUAAUCCAUUUGGUUUAAUGUAUCAUGAAGUAACAGGUUCAAGUUUAGUUAAAGUUGAUAUAGCCGGUAAUAUUAUUGAUCCAGGUAGUACAACAUAUGGAAUAAAUCGUGCUGGUUAUACACUUCAUUCAGCUAUACAUAAAGCACGACCAGAUCUUAAAUGUAUUAUACAUUUACAUACACCGGCUGUUGCUGCUGUAUCAUCAAUGAAAUGUGGCCUUUUACCAUUAUCACAAGAUGCAUUAUUUUGUGAUUUAGGUCCAAUAAAUAAAGUAAUGAUAUUACGUAAUCAUGGUUUUGUUGCAUGUGGUGAAACACUUGAAGAAGCAUGGAAAUAUGCAUUUAAUGUUAUUAAUGCUUGUGAAGUACAAGUACGUGCAGCACCUAUGGGUAUUGAUCAAUUAUAUUUACCAUCGAAUGAACAACAAAAACGAGUUGCUGAUGUACUUCAUGGAAAUUUAAAUGAAGCAACAGGCGAUAAAAAAUGGAAAAUAGGUGAACUUGAAUUUGAAAGUUUAAUGCGUAUUUUGGAUAAUGCUGGUUUUCGUACUGGUUAUGUUUAUCGUCAACCAUUAAUACGUACAAUUGAUAAAACAACUACAUUUAAAGAUGUUGAAGUUCCACCCGCUGCUUCAUCAGCUACAUCAUUUGUUGAACAAACCUAUCCUGAAGCUUAUUCACCAACACGUCAAGCUCAACGAACAACAGAAUGGCGUAAUUCACCAAAUGCUUAUUUAAGACAAGAAAUCGAAGAAACAGGAACACCUAAUCCAAAAAAAGUUACCAAGUGGGUACCAGAUACAGGUUUAAAACAUUCAACACCAAUUAAAAUCGAUACAAAACAUCAAUUUGCACCAAGUAAUAUUGAUCCAAAAGAACUUAAAAAUCAUCAAAAACAAAUAAAAGAAGAUCGUUUUAAUGAAAAAGUUUCAGCUGGUUAUCAAUCGAGAAUUCUUGAAAAUGCUUCUUGGGAUGAUGCAUCAUCACAAAUAAAAGAACCUCAUCAACCACCAUCAGAAGCAAUUGUUAUUGUUGGUGCUGCAUCAAAAGGUAUUAUUAAACGUGAUCAACAAAAUAAUGCUGUCGUUUAUAAAACAUUUUAUGCUCAAAAUCCAUUUGCUCAUAUUGAUAAUGAUGAUAUUGAAAAAUAUAAACGAGAAGUUGAACAAAAUCAAAUGCGUGAACAAGCAUUGAAAAAAAAUGCUCUACUUGAUGAAAUUCGAAAGGGAACUGAUUCUCAAUAUGAUGAUCAAACUGAUAGUAGAGAUACAACGAAAGAAAUGUGA